AACUGACUUGUUGAUCGGGUGUCGAUUACCACUGCGCAGCCGCAGCCCGUGUGACGAAGAUGGUGCUCAUCAAGGAAUACCGUGUAGUGUUGCCAGUCUCUGUAGAAGAGUAUCAAGUAGGGCAACUGUACUCUGUGGCUGAGGCCAGCAAAAAUGAGACAGGAGGAGGAGAAGGCAUUGAAGUGCUGAAGAAUGAACCCUAUGAGAAGGAUGGAGAGAAGGGACAGUACACACAUAAAAUAUAUCAUCUAAAAAGUAAAGUCCCGGGUUACGUGAAGAUGAUUGCACCAGAAGGAGCAUUAGUUUUUCACGAAAAGGCUUGGAAUGCCUACCCAUACUGUCGCACUAUUGUGACGAAUGAGUACAUGAAGGAUGACUUCAUGAUUAAGAUCGAGACCUGGCACAAACCUGACAUGGGAACAGUAGAAAAUGUCCAUGAACUGGAUGAGCAGACGUGGAGGACUGUCGAAGUCGUACCCAUAGAUAUUGCAAACAAAGAAGAAGUGGCCCCAGGGGACUAUAAGCCAGAAGAAGACCCUGCGCUUUUUCACUCAGCCAAAACAGACAGAGGACCUUUAGGCCCUGAAUGGAAGAGUGAGCUGAAGGCAGAUUGUCCUUACAUGUGUGCAUACAAACUGGUCACUGUCAAGUUCAAAUGGUGGGGUCUGCAGACCAAAGUGGAAAACUUCAUCCACAGGCAAGAAAAGCGUAUUUUCACCAACUUCCACCGCCAGUUGUUCUGUUGGAUUGACAAAUGGGUGGGUUUGACCAUGGAGGACAUCAGGCGGAUGGAAGAGGAGACUCAAAAAGAGCUUGAGGAGAUGCGUCAGAAAGGAGAUGUUCGAGGCACCUGUGCCACAGAUGAGUAGAACCCCGUUGCUGUAGGUCUGACACUAGAGGCAGGCUGACUGCGUAAAACAGGUCAGAUUCGAGGCACCAGUGCUGCUCAUGAGCAGUGAGGCAAAUCAACCAAACCCUGUCACGAUGAUGUCAUCAGAGACAUGUCCACCACGCUGAGGAAAUGGCCCUGAUUGUCGCCUCUUCGCUUCCUGUCUCACAUGAUUCAUUGGGGGGUUUGAAAUGAUUGGUUAACAGUACUGUACAGAUCCUACCCCCAGUCACAAGCCUCCUGUUCACUCAGAGAAGAAAAAAAAAACAAAAAAAAAAAACAAAAAAAGAACAAAACAAAAAAAAAGGUUUUGCAUUCAUAUAAAAAGAAAAAAAAAACUUUGCACAGAUCGUAAAUUGCCUGAUAUGUAAUUGUUAGUUGAUUAUUCCAAUGGGCUUUGUUUUUAUCCAGGUGUGUAAAUGGUGACUCACAAAGUCAAGCCUUUUAAAUUCAUUAGAAUGUUUUUAGCUACACGUUCCCACACAAAUUUCUAUGAGAUGAUUGAAGCAGGUAUCAGACAAUUGAAUUCCCCACGUUCUCCUUGUAUUAUAACUGUCUGUCUCUACUUUAAACCUCGUCUCUCCCCUCAGUAUUGUCGAUAUACUUGUCCUGGUAAAAGGUUUUUCUCGAUUCUCUGCCCUUGUUCCACUGGCCCACUAUGUCUGGCUUUUUUUUUCUUUAUUUUGAAUUCUCAGGCAGAUCCAUGCCUAUUUUUUAUGGUUUAAAAGCAAAGAUAAUGCUCAUGCAUGAUGGGUAAUUUAUUUUUGCCCACCCCUUUCUUCGACACAAGUGCAUGUGGACAACAGCAACUCCUCACUUUUAAACUGUCGCUGCAUGUCUACUGUCACUGCAGUGCGUGUUGUGUGUGUUGUUUAGAGGGCAAGUCAGUACCCUCCACGAGAGUAUGUACUUUACACCUCUGUGUUGGCGUACGCAUCUGUGUGCUUGUUUAUUUUUAACUGCCUUCACUCUUAAAACUGUCAGUCUGGGGACUGAGAUGGUUAACAUUCAGCAUAAGAUCAAGGCUUCUGAGUGCUCUCACACCACCAGCAGCCUCUUGAACUUUGCCUCAUGCUGUCGCUGCAUGGCCUUUCUCCUUGGCUAGGGCUUUAACUGGAGGACUGUCAAACCUCCCCAAAAGCUUCUUCUUUUUUUUUUAUUUUUUUAUUUUCUGUUUUAGAUUUAAAUGAGGAUGAGAGUCUGUGCACUGCUGCGUGCAUGAAUCAAGGUAGUUUUUUGUUUGUUUGUUUUUUAAAUAUCUUUCUCAAACGACUGUUUCCACUCUACUGACAGAACAAAUGGGUCCAGGCAGAUCUGCCAUGUUUGUUACAGAUGUGGAUUAGCUUAGUUUUUUUGUUUGUCCACCCACACACACAAUUACUUUUUUUUUUUUUAAAGCUUUUCACCUAAGUUAACUAACUACAAGAAAGUAGUAUAGUAUGAGGUCGCACUGCAAAUUUGACUCUUGCAGUGAGCUAGUCAGAGCCUCAUCUAGAAAAUGGGUUGAUCACUUUCCUCUGUCACAAACUUUUUUUUCUGGCUCCUCGGACUUGAGGUCAGAGCAGUGUAUCACAGCACGGGCUGAGUUUUUUUUAUAUAUAUAUUGAAGUUAACACAGAUCAGGUCAGGCUCAAUGUAAAAUAUUUAGGAUGUUUUUUAUGAUCAUGACGUAGUUUGGUUAAGGCUUUUGAUCAGUUGUGUGUGUGUGUGUGUGUGUGUGUGUGUGUGUGUGUGUGUGUGUGUGUGUGUGUGUGUGUGUGUGUGUGUGUGUGUCUCAGAAUUUGUAGGUUUUGAUAGAACCUAUCUCUGUGUGUUUUUGUUUAACAGGUAAAAGAGAGCCUUUAAGUGUACUUUAUAAAAGGCCCGAUUUUACAGAUAAAGCGCUCAUCAGCAUUGUCAGGUUUAUCAUUUAAUACUGUACUGCUACAAGUAACUCUAAGGAAGUUGGAAUGUCAGUGGAGCACAUAACAGCUUUGUGGAUAGCAUGCUGCUAAAGCAGAGCAAACUGUUCACGUGUUGAACUGUACCUCAUCCAUGCUUAUGAAUGUACAGCUACACAGAUAAAGGGAUAGAUUUUACAGGAUGUUAAUAACUCCGGGAGCACUGACAUGUUUCACACCUGUACAAGCAUGACAUGGACCUGUUAUAUCACCAGUACGAGGACAAAUAGGUUUAACAAAACAGCUAAUUUGCAUGCUCUUUUUUUUUUUUUCCUUUAGAUUUUUUUUCUCUCUGUUUGAUCUCUUGAUGCUUUUAAGAAACUCUUGAAUUGCAUCACACAAGAAGGAAGUGGCCUCUCCCAAAAUCCAGCUCCAUUCAGCUUGACCUCUGAAUUAUAUGACGAGGAGUGAAAAGCCUGAGUUUGAUGACGGGAGUCGCCUUUUGUAGCAUUACCAGUGAUGCCAGGUAUGACUGUGAGGGGAGGGAUAGAAGCUUAGGGAACAGAUGGAGUCAAAAAUACUGUUUUCUUUAUUGUAAUCAUGAAAAAGCAUCUGCAAAAUCUACUGUUGUUUUUUUUCCUGUUUUCUUUUUGUUUGUUUUGAAAGACAAAGAUUCACAGUGUAUUCAGUCUUUUCUUUUCUGAUAAGGCAAAAUUCAGGGGAAUUAGUAGUGAAUGUAAUAAAAAUUAGUUCUUUUUUCCCGCAGCGUCCAAGCUGUGACAGAAGGUCUAGACAAUGGAACAUAACAAAAUAUCUAAUAAAUUUCAAAAAAUAAGCAAAUCAGUUCUGUUUAUGAAUCAUUUGUGUGUUUAUUUGUGGGGAUGAUAUUCCCUUUUAUUAUGCUUUUUUUAAGCUUGCCAUACAAUAGAUUUUGCAUAUCUAAUCAAUUCAGUUGGCCAAUCAAGAACAUAGACUUUAAGAUAAGAUGGAAAUUGUUGACCUGAAAAGGGUAAGCCAGUCCAGAACAUAAACACCUGAAAUGGCCUACAGGGAGUAACUGAUUAAAAAACUGUCCAGUAGAAUAAAGUCUAUCAGAAAACAGCGUUUCUGGUGUUGGAUUGUAUCACCAAACAUUUUUGAUCAAUUUAUGAUCUCAGUUGCUGGUUUAAAGUUUUACUGUUUAUUUUGUAAAUUCUGGUUCCCAUUAGAGUCAAAAAGGAUGAUAAAGCAAGGUUUAGGGCAGGGCUAACUUGUCAUUUACACGUUUCUACCAUAUGGAAUCCACCUCUCUCAUCAAGUCAGGUUAAAAAAAGAUGAUUAGCAUUGAAGUUUGGAAAACAGGCAUUAACAAUAAGGUGAUGUCACAGUUGCUAUGGUGUAUGAUCAAGACAUCUUAUAAAUGGUUAAAUAAGAUGUAUUGCAAAGAAUUCAGGGUUGUUGUUUUUUUCAUUUUGUUAGACUAAACUGGCAAGUUCACCAAUUUAGAAUUGUACAAAAUGAAAAAGGCGUCUGAAACCUUUCUCCAUUCAAUGAUGAAUGCUUAUAUUAAACAUGAUCAUAGUCUUAAAUAAUAGUUAGUGUUUGCUGCUGUGGGCCAAAAGCCAACAUAAACUUUGACGUUAAUAUAUAUAUGCUUCAUGCAUGUAUCAUUUGGCAGAGUUAUAACACAAAAUGUAGAUUGUAAAUAUAGAUAAUGGAUAGUAAAUCGGAGUUCCUGACAUAACUGCCAUUUACUAGUAGUCACUAGUGAUUCGUGCAAUUCGUGCAUGGAGGGUUUCACCCCAAAUCCAGCACCCUGAGACUAGGCUAAGCGGAAGGAAGGAGGCCAAGGACCAGUGAGUGUCAUAGCCACUAUUUCAAAGCCUUGCUUUAAAAUUGCCUCUUUAUUUAGCACAUGUGGUGAGGAGCCUAGAGUUUCCAACGCGUUAAGUACAAAUCUGUUAUUACAAGAGACUCACAGGCCUGUGACAGGUUUGAAUGAACUUAAAACACCUGAGUUUCCUAAUGUGUUUUCAGCCUGUUAUAAUUCUAGACAAAGAGGAGUAGCAAUUUUAAUACAUAAAAAUAUUAAUUUCACAAUAUUCGACAUAGUUAUAGAUCCAGAGGGCAGAUUCAUAAUCGUUAAACUAUCUGUGCUUAACCAAGAGCUAUGUAUUGCAAGUAUAUAUGGUCCAAAUGUUGAUGACCCCUCAUUCUUCCACGGAUUUUUUAGUACACUCUGCGAACACCUAGAUUGCACAAUUGUUCUUGGGGGCGACCUCAACCUGGGGCUAAGUGAAGAAAUGGGUAGGCUCAAUACAGCAGGAACUCGGCACAAUUGGCAGUCCACAAAUAUAAUCAAACAGUAUAUGAGCGACUUUGGUCUUUGCGAUGCUUGGCGCUCCCUUCACCCCAACAGUAAGGAAUAUACUUUUUUUUCCUUUCUCGCAUGUUGAUCACUCCUACUCCCGUCUGGAUUAUCUCCUAGUCAGCAGCUCACUGCUGAGUGACAUCUCAGACACUGAGAUUCACCCUAUAGCUCUCAGCGAUCAUGCUCCUGUAUCUUUAACACUAAUACACAAGAAGAAUACUACGUCAAGUAAAAACUGGAGAUUUAAUACAUCACUACUCAAAGAUGAAGAGUUUAUCCAUAUACUUUAAAAAAGAAUGGACUCUAUAUUUAGGCUAUAAUGACAUUCCUGGAAUAUCAGCAUCUGUCCUCUGGGAAGCAGGGAAAGCUGUGAUGAGAGGUAAAAUAAUUUCUUUCUCAUCACAUAAGAAGAAA